CAUGAUAUGCAUUUACGUUUCCAUCUAUAUAUAAUCAGUUUUGCCAGCAAUUAAAAAAACCGAAACAAGUCUCAAUAUUCUUACAAAAAAAAAAAAAAAGAAAAUUGCAAGACAUGAAGUUUACAACAUUGGUAAUGCUCGUACUGGUGAUAGUAAUCCAACUGUCUCCAACGUUGAUCAGAGCCACCACAAUAGUUGAAGGUCCGAAUCCGAUCGAAGAGAAACUGAUAUGCGUUGUAAUGAAUGUUAUUGUACCAUGUUUACUACCCUUAACCAAUCCUUUAAUCCAACCAGUCGCACAUUGCUGUCAAGUAAUGGUAGAAUACAAACCGUGUUUAUGUGAAUUCAUAAAAGGCGAGUGGUCACAAGCUCUUUUUAAUUCUCCAAAUGCUCGCAAAACCUACAAAGCUUGUAAUAUUCCUUUUCCUAUUUGUUGAAAACCUCACUAUAUCUAGAAAAAUAAUUAAUAUGUAAUGACUAGGAUUAUUAUUAUGUUCUAGUCUUUUUUUCUUUAUGGUGAAAUAAAAAAUUUAUCUUGUUACAAGCAUACAUAACC